AUCGUGGUGUUGUAACAUUCUCUAGGGGACCAUUGGGACGGCCUGGCGAUACAGCGCAUGAUCCUAGCAGAGCUAUUGGUGACUCCCGUGCCACCAUCACUUUUCCUUCUCCGGCUUAUUAUGAUCAGUUCUUCACCUUUUCCAAUUUAAUCAUAUUCUCUCGAGCUUUAACUGACCAUGUUUCCCUGAAAAAAGAGGUCAUUUGGAUGCUUUGA